AUGAUGGAUUACCUUCCAGGAAACACUGAUACAAUGAGCCGUCUGUCAGAAUUAGAAAAAGCAUUGUCGGAAGAAGAUCAAUACGAUCUUCACAAGAUUACCAGUGCUCAACAGAACUUAGAACACCAUUAUACUAGAUGGGAAGCCAUCAAAGCGUACCCUAGGGCAGCAUUAUACAUUGGCAUUAUGGUUUGGGCCAUGAUUACAGUUGGAUACGAAAAUCAGGCUUCUGGUAUUGUACUUUCAGUCCCAACAUUCAGAAAAGACUUUGGUCAUGAGUUUGAAGGUCAGUAUGUGUUGGCUGGAAACUGGCAGUCUGCUAUCUCUGGAGGUCCAUAUGCUGCCUUUGUUUUUGGAUGCAUUGUGGCAUCAUACAUUACUGAGUAUACUGGAAGAAAAAACUUGAUGUGGGCCGCAUCUACUUUGACCAUUGCAUUGAUUGGAGUCGAAUUUGCUGCUACUAGUAUUGAAGUUUUUUUUACUGGAAAGUUUCUCAAUGCCAUUUGCUUAGGAAUGAUCCAGACUGUGGGCACUGCUUAUAUGGCAGAGUUGACACCUUUAGCUUUGAGAGGUUUUGCUACUACUUGCGUCAAUUUGGCUUUUUGUAUUGGUCCCUUUAUUUGUACCUUGAUUACCUACAGGCUCUCUACAAGGGAAGACAGAUGGGCAUACCGGGCGAUUUUCUGUACCCAGUGGUUUUUUGCAGUGCUGACAAUGUUCUUAAUGUAUUAUCUUCCCGAAUCGCCAUACCACCAUGUCAUCAGGAACCAAGAUGAGAAAGCUUUGAAGUCGCUCCGCAUGAUAUACACUUCUCCGGGUGUAGCUGAAUCUCAGUUGCAGAUUAUCAGGGCUAAUAUUGAAGAGGCCAAUGAGUUAGCUUCUGCUGGGUCUUACAAGGAACUUUUCACCAAGAGUAACUAUAAAAGAACCUUGAUCGCAAUAUUUCCUUUCAUCAUGCAGCCUAUGUGUGGCUUGGCAUAUGUUGCCAGCUACCAGACCUACUACUACCAGCUUCUUGGAUUUAGCACUCUCAAGUCUUUUCAAAUUAGCUGUGGGGCGCAAACGCUUUCAGUAAGCGGCACUAUCGUCUCAUUGUUUAUUGUUGAUCGUUUAGGAAGAAGAUUUGUUGCAUUAUAUGCCAUGAUCAGUCUUUCGAUCUUGAAUGUUCUUACUGCUGCUCUUGGUCUCAAGAAGGAGUAUUCGUUCCUCCAAGCUUCAGCAGCCUUCAUGACGAUGUACAAUUUCUUUUACAACUCAGGAAUAGGUCCGAUUGCCUAUGUGAUCAACUCUGAGAUUCCUACUUCGAAGUUAAGAACGAAAUCCAUCGCUGUGGGUUUGGCUUUUAGUAAUGCAUUGCUGUGCAUGUGGUCUUUCGUGCUUCCAUACAUGUUCAAUCCUGAUCAGGCUAAUAUGGGUUCGAAUAUCAACUUUAUUUUCGCUGGAUGCUCUUUCACUGCUGUCUUCAUUUUCUACUUCUUCUUACCAGAAACCGCUGGUCGUUCGUUCGAAGAGGUUGACGAGAUGUACAAGGAGAGAGUUCCCCCUCGCCAGUGGAGGAAGUAUGUAACUCGUGAGAAGAUUGAAUCCGAAGAAGUGGUACACGAGCAGAUGAAGAUUGAGACCACUCAUGUGGAAAAUAGUUAG